AUGGCUAGUAAAGACACGCCUAAAAAGUUCUAUAAGAAACGUUCGGAAUCGACGGCAAAUACUUCGCGUUGCAGGCUUUGCAACAGUGUUACUGAUCCAAAUCAUAGUAAACGUCUAUUUCGGGCCAACAAUAAAGCAAUUCUUCGAAACGUUGAGUCAUUUUUUGGCAGCGAAUUAAUUGAGCACGUCGAGCUUCCUCGCUUGAUAUGUCGGCCGUGUGAGCGAAGACUUGAUAACGUUGUGCAGUUCAAGAAAGUUAUCGCCGAAACUCAGAGUGAGUUACAGAAAAUUGUAAGAACAAAACGGUGUCUUGACGUAUCACCUUCCGUGCUGAAACCACCCGUCAAACUUCGUUCUGCUGGGGAUUUGCCACGUCGACGAAGUAUCGAUUUCGGCAAUGUUGCUGAACAAGAAAAUGUCAUUCCUGCUGUUGCGUUAUCGACUGUGAAUAAUGAUGAAAUCUUGAUUGAGGCAGAAAAGGAGCUUAUAGAAGUUGCUAGGAGAAGUGAGCCAUCUGUCCUAAGAGAAAGGAGCUUUGAUGGUCUGGCAGACAUAAGUUGGGUUACAAAAGUGCUUGAGGAGUUGUCGACCAGAUGCCCAAGAGUCCAUAGGAUUCUAUGUAGACUAUUUGAUAGCACCAUAUACAAAGAAAAGAAAAGUUAUGCCAUCUCCUUUGUGUACAGCAUCAUUAUGUUUUUACGGUGCCAUGAAUUGAGUCGAGUUCAAAGAAUCAAUUCAGUUUUGCUAAUUGAAGGACAAGCAUCUGGAAAUCUGGUUACACGUCUUCACAAGUAUGGUAUGUGCCUUGAACCAUCAAGCAAAUACAACAUCCUGGAAGACAUUGGCAAACACUUCAUUGAUCGUGCCGCAGAGUUGGUGAAGUCAGGACGUUCAUUUGUGUAUGUCUUAGAUAACAUUGACUGGGAGGAGAAAGCCCAUGACAUGAGGCAAAAUGUGCAAAAUAGAAGUGUUCAUGCAGUUGCAACAAGUAUUGUAUUUAACCGUGUUUCUGAUGAAGGAUUGCCCGAUUCUGGUCCACAGCAACGACUGAAAGAUUGCAAUGUUCAUGAGUUGGUGAAUAUCAAUCCACUGGAAUUGGAGGCAAUUCGAAACCGGUAUACAAUACUUGUUGCUAAUAUUCUGUUUGAAUAUUUCCCCUAUUUUGGAGCGUUCAGGCAGUAUCUACCUAAAGCCACAAACUGUGCAUACAAGAGUGAGAUGGAAACUAAGUCGGAAGUGUUGACAAUGCCGGUUUUGAUGAAAGACGAGAAGAAGUAUGCAGAAUGUGUUGAUGUCUUAGAUCAACUUGAAAAGUGGACUCAUGACAUCUAUGAAGCUGCAGGGUUAUGUUCACCACCUCCCAGUGAUGUCCAAGAUGCUACUCCCACCAUUGGAACCCACUCCAGACCUGACCAACCUGGAUCCCACAUCCCUCCUGUAGAAACUGAUACUGAUCCACUGUGUGGUGUGAAAGUUCCAUGCUUUGGGGAUCAAUUGACAAGAGUCAGAUUUGCAGGGGCAAGAGACUUAAGAUCAGGUUGUCACACAGCAAAGCAAAGACUUGAUCAUAUCUAUCCUUUCUCUAUUGUUGACUGGCAUACAAAGAGGAGCUUUUUGAAGACCAUAUUCAAAAAACUCAGGCAGAGAGAAAGUAUUGGUAAAUGCUAUGUUGUUGAAGCUCUCAUGGAAUUUUUUCAAAUGGAAGACAGAAAGCACGAUCCCACUGCAAACGUUCCUCAUAGUGCAAGUGUUUCUGGUGAUGAAUAUGGAAAGCAGUAUAUUUUUCAAGUUGUUGACAAGUUUCUUGAUGAGUUUGUUUUCAAUGAAGAAAAGAGUGAUGAUUCAGAUAGUGUUUUGGAUGGGAUUUCAGAUGAUAGUGCAUCAAACGAAGUUGCAGAUGGUGUUUGGGCAUAUGCUGAUAACUUGCUGAAGUGCUUCAUGUUGUUAGCUGACUUCAAGGAUGCUGUUGCUACUGGCAAUGAGAAAGCAAUAAAACGAGCAAGCAAAGCAUCAGGUGGAGUGACUGAGAUUGUGGAAGCAUUUGAGGCACAAAUGAACAUUCAUGCUAAGUCAACAAGCCAUACUCACAAGUCUUCAACUGAUGAUGAGGCCAUAGUUGCAAGAGACCUGAGAAGUUUAAGGCCUUUCAGACAGGAAGAGGAAAGGAAAUUUGAAACAUUUGAUGGCAUUUCUCACAAUCCAACACACUUGUUAGAUAAAGACAAGUUCAAGGAAUGGAUGGAACGACAUAAGAACAAUAUAUUAAUCCACUACCCUGUAGCAGAAGAACCUCAAUAG